AUGUCAUACAGUAAAAGGUCACGCGCGGCGUAUGAAGCCGACUUACAUGGUGGGAAUGGCAUCCAUGUUACAUACGGCACUGCUCUGCCACCCUUAGACCCCGGCAUCCGUGAUGACGGCUCUUAUAUCCCCCUUCACAAGCAGGAAGUGAGAGACGACCGCGGGAGACGACGCCUUCAUGGAGCCUUCACUGGAGGCUGGAGCGCAGGCUAUUUUAACACUGUCGGGUCAAAGGAGGGAUGGACACCAUCAACUUUUGUUUCAACCCGUACGAGUCGCCGAAAGGAUGACCCUAAAACACCCUUUCAACGCCCAGAAGACUAUAUGGAUGAGGAGGAUCUUGCAGAUGUCGCUACAGCUAAGGAUAUCCAAACUACUGAACCGUUUGCCGUUCUUGGAGUGUCAGAGAAGAGCAAGCGCCACGACAACAUCCUAGCCGGUUUGAUGCCCAUUCAUGGCGACACAAUGGGCCUCAAACUUUUACGGAGAAUGGGUUGGAAAGACGGUCAGGGCAUCGGACCAAAAGUACUCAGGAAAGCGCGCUUAGGGGUUUCUACAGAAGCUUAUCCUCCAUUAGCAGAUGAGACUUUUCUAUUUGCUCCGAAGGAUGUGGACGUAAUCGCUUUCUCUCGUAAGGCUGAUCGCAGGGGUCUGGGCUACGGUAGCGAAACUGCGCCCUCUGGAUUGUCUGGCUUCGACAGCGUUCAGGAUUCUCACGCCUUUUCCCGGAUUCAAGGUGAAGAGGCGAGCGAGGAUGACGAUGAUGAUAAUGACAACAACGACACUUCCACCGGUAUAUCCAAGUCACUGUUUUUUACUUCUCGAAAAACGAAAAAGGUAAAGGACGGCCAGCGCGGAGGGUUUGGUGUUGGCGUCCUGAACGAUACUGGCUCAGAUGACGACGACCCAUACGAGAUGGGGCCGCGGAUAUCAUACAACAGAACACUGGGGGUAGACAAAGCAAAGAAGAAGAAAAAGCCGAUGACUGUCAGUAUAUCCGCAAAUCCAGGCGUCAGGUCCAAGCCAGUCUUUACUUCUAAAUCGGGUCUCUCUGCCAAAGCUAGCGGUAGCAGGAAAUGCCUUGAUGGAAAGCCGCCUCUGGAUGGCUUUACCCUUGGCCGAAGUCCAGAAUCUCGGUCAUCGGGACAGCCGACAGAGCUGCAUCCUUAUCCUGUUAUCCCCGUAGGCUGGUUGCCAAGAAAGCGUACCGUAUCCCCCAAGGAAGCGGCCGCGUACGUCUCAACAGCGGACGCCGCCAAAGAAACUCACCAUGAUCCCAAGUCUCGAGCUGCUGUACUGGGCGAAUAUUCGCUACCUGGCAAGUCUGUUUUCGAUUACAUGACAGUGGCCUCCCGAGAACGCUUAGCCAUAGCCUCAGGAAAAUCAAACCUUCCGCCCGCUAAAGGCGAGAUUCCAGCGGACCAUGGGCGCCGAGCCGAUCAGCAACUACAGGAUAGUUUGAGAAACCUACCUAAUCUCACAAAAGAAACUGCUAUCGCAGCGAUGAGCCGGGGGACAGGUGCCAGGGGCCCGUACGCAGAUGACGAUGCAAAACGUGGAAGAUAUAGGCUUUAUCUACAGAACGCUGCUGGUUUUGGCGGGUCACCUGUAAAGCCAUCUGACAUGACCGAUAACGAGUUUGUCAAAGAGCUUCUAGAGUUCUACGGUUGUGCGCAACUUUUUAAACCGAUGAAUGGGCUCAUGGCGACACGUUUCACGACUGCCUCAGCGGGAUCCAGGCUUCCGGCAGAUGAGGUUUCCGGAACAGCAUUUAAGUCAAGCAGCCUGCACCCUGCAACGACACAACGACCACAAGAUGCGGCUGAAGAGGCCGCAAAGAUGAGCAUGUAUGGACGCCUAACGAGACUGGCCGAAGACUUCUUCCCAGCCAGGUUGCUCUGCAAACGAUUCAACGUUCGGCCACCUACGCAUAUGCAGCAAGACUCAGAGGUGAGCAUUGCGGCGACGACGCAGAGCCCACUUCCUGUCGACGCAACUGUCAAAGAUACGCCACCAUACAUCACACAAAGGACAGCAACCUUGGGUGCUCUGGGGCCCGGGGAGUUGUUACAAACAAGAUCCGACAUGUUUACGUGUGAAGAAACCACAAAUGAAGCAAUCAGGCCAAAUGAUGAGGUAUUCAAGGCGAUAUUUGGCGAUAGUAGUGACGAAGGAGAAUGA